UAAAAUAUUUUAUAAAAAUAUAUUUCGAACGCAAAUAACAAACCAAAACUGGAUGGAGAGGAGUACCGGGCCACAAAUACAUUCCCAUAAAUCCAAGUUUGAUGGAUUUCUAGUACUAUCUGUCUAUUAAAGGCGAAAAGAAAUUACAACUUGAUAUACAACGCUGCAAAUAAAAUCAUAAAACCAAUAAAGUUGAUUGAGAGAAAAGUAACAACAAAUUGAUUACAAAAUGUCCAGCAGUUCAGAGGAUGGAUGUCGAAAGAAAAUUCCUCGCAUAAUGACAUUUCGUCCCAGCUACGAAGAGUUUAAAAACUUUUCGGCAUACAUUGAUUACAUAGAAUCGAGGGGUGCACACUUGGGUGGCAUUGCAAAGAUAAUACCUCCGCCAGAAUGGAAACCAAGAUCAGAGGGCUAUGAUAUUGAUAACAUCAAUAUGACCAUACCGGCGCCAAUUUCUCAAGUUGUGUCGGGCAAACAAGGUGAAUACCAACAGAUCAAUGUCUUGAAAAAGUCCAUGACAUUACGCCAGUUUAAAGAACUGGCCGAAUCAGAGCGACAUCAAACACCAAAACAUUUUGACUAUGAUGAUCUCGAAAGGAAAUAUUGGAAAAAUGUAACAUACAUAGCACCCAUGUAUGCGGCAGAUGUUAAGGGAUCGCUAAGCGACCCAGAUCUCGAUGUAUGGAAUAUUGAUCGUUUAGAGACGAUAUUGGACUAUGUUAAUAAAGAUUAUGGCAUAGAGAUUGAUGGAGUUAAUACGGCGUAUUUAUAUUUUGGCAUGUGGAAAAGUUCAUUUGCAUGGCACACCGAAGAUAUGGAUCUCUAUUCAAUAAAUUAUCUUCAUUUUGGGGCGCCCAAAACUUGGUAUGCCAUACCGCCGGCAUAUGGCCGACAGUUGGAAAAGUUGGCCAAUCGAAUUUUCUAUGAAAACUAUCAGAACUGUAAUGCCCAUUUGAGACAUAAAAUGACUUUAAUCAGUCCGCAGGUGUUGAAACAAAAUAAGAUUCCCUACAAUCGCAUUACCCAAGAGGCCGGUGAAAUUAUGAUAACAUUUCCAUAUGGCUAUCAUGCUGGAUUCAACCAUGGCUUCAAUGGUGCGGAGUCUACAAACUUUGCCUCCAAACGCUGGAUAGAAUAUGGCAAAAGAGCCUCCAUAUGCCACUGCCGCAAGGAUAUGGUUAAAAUUUCAAUGGAGACCUUUGUCAAACGUUUUCAACCAGAACGUUAUGAUAAUUGGCUGAGAGGAGUAGAUUAUGGCUGUCAUCCAGAGGAGCCAGAAAAACUUUGCCCUGCCCCACCACCCACCAUCAAUAAGUAUACAUAUUUGAAGAGAAAAUCCUCCGAGUGCUCAGAAAGUUCUCAACAAAAACGAGGCUGUUCACUGGCAUUGCGAGAUGAUGCAACGGCAAAUAAUCUCGAAUUAGAAAACACACCAGCCAAUGUGAACAGUGGUAGCAUACCACUGGAACAGCUUUUUUCGAAAAAAGUACCCACAUUAAAGUUACAUAAAAUUGAUAUAGAUUCCAAAGACUCGCCACUAAGUGGAAUGCCAAGGUGUGUAGACUACAAUGCUACGGCCGCUGUACAAAUUCAGCGCAUAUGGAAUGAACUGCCAUGUCCAACACCGGGAAAAAAUCUUCUCACCAAUGGUAUUAUUAAGAAUACCAAGCGUAUGCGUUUUCAAACCAAAACCAUUCUAUUGGAUGAUGAAGAUUGAGACAAGGGGUUUUUGUUUAUUGUUUUUUUUUUUUUAUUUUUUAGAAUUAAAUGUUCUUUUUGUAAUUUGAAGAACUUUAUUUUGAUAUAUUAUUAAAAUAAACGUUUAAAAUAGGAAA